AGUCAAAUCUGCAGUGGGUACACACCGCUAGAAGAGAUAACUACAGCCCAGUUAUUCCGAAUCAAAUGGCUCGAGUGCCUAUCUACAAUUCCUUUGCAGUGUUUCUGCUGGUGAUCGGUCUCGCCUGCAUCAACGCCGAUGACACUGAAGACCCCGAAAUAGACAUAGAAACAUUUGGUUCCCGCAAUCAGUUGUUGGACUCCAUAUUUAAUGAUUCCCUUGUAUUAGGUGAAUAUCUAUUUGCGCGGAGUGAGGAAUUAUGUGAAAAGUUAAUUGACGAUGAGAUGUACAGGAAUGAAACGAGUGAGGAAUUGGAGAGUCACGACGCUGUCGUGAAAAAUUGCCGUAGACGCGUUGUGGACCGCCUUUAUCCUUCAGAGGAUCGUUAUGGUAGCAAAUCCGAAGAAACCCUAUUGCUUAAAUAUGGAUUUGCAAAUAUUCAAAAGAUGGUGAAUCAGAAAUAUGAAGAAUUCUUCGCAGAUAUUGUGCAAAGAAUGGAUAAUUAUGUGAAGGGUUUGACGCCGGAGCAGCAAACCCGAACGACGGCACGAAAUCUGAGCAAAUGGUCAGAUAAAAUUAAGGACGCACCAACUCUGUCAAUGAAAAACAUAUUUUAUAACACUUGCAUGCGAUUUUAUUAUUUUGAUAGAGGGGUUUAGUGGGCAUGCUGUUAAAUGCUUUAAAGCAAAGGUAAACGGAAAUAUUUUUGGUUUUAAAAAUACAAGUAAAAUUACAAAACUCUGUCAAGAUUAAGUUCUAGUAAA